AUGGUUCAAUACACGCUGGAACCUUGCACGUUGGCAGAUGCGCCCGCGUUAGCCAGAAACAACAUGCCUGCCUUUUGGCAGGACAAAACAUGGGCACUUACCUGGAAGCACACGACAUUGGAGGAGCAUAUUAAGGUACAAGGAGUAAGAUAUGCUCGGAGGCUUCUAGCGGAUCACAAGAUACAGCGGCAUAUGAAGGCUGUUGAUGAGGCGGGGAAUGUUGUGGGAUAUGCUCGUUGGCUUAUCCCUGCGGAACGGGCAAAAGACGACGCUGGUAAUCUUGUGUGGCCUGAGUUUCUGGGGCCAACAGUGACGGAUAAAGAAAAUGCAGAGAUUGAAAAAGCGGUGGAAGCAACCUCGUUUAAUCCAGGAAGUGAUACGGAUGCGAUAGACGAAAAAAUCCAAGGUCUGAACAAGGAGGUGAAGGCCUCGCUCACUACGCCGUACAUAAAUCUUGAUUACCUCGCUAUUCACCCAGACCAACAGGGUAAAGGCAUCGGCACGCUUCUUCUCAAAAAAGUGAUGGAAUGUGCAGCAGAUUUGAAGCUGGACAUGUACAUCUUGGCUUGCAAGCCUGGUUUCCGAUUGUACGAAAAGAUGGGAUUCACGGUGCUGCGCGAGCUAGUGCAAGAUGAUUCCAUGUUUGGUGGUGAUGGAAAAUACACGAUGCGCUACUUGCUUUGGACGUAUCAUGACGCGGCAUGA